AGCAUACCGCGUGUGUACACCAUAGCACCAGCAUUACGGGCUGACCACUCGCAAACACGGCAGCAUUUAGCGGAAUUCCGAAUGCUCGAAGCAGAAUACGCUUUCGCAAAGAAUCUGGAGGAACUUUGCGAUUUCGUGGAACAAUACAUCAAUUUUUUGGUAAAUAGAAUGCACAGCUGCGCUGAAUUGGCAGAACAGUUUGGCUCAAUGGCCGAGGUUUUCUGCGAUCAGAAUCCGAAAGUGCAACCACUUUUAUGCAUGGACAAUCCGAUCAAGCCAUUCCCACGUAUGCAUUUCGAGGAGGCAUUAUCAAUUCUACAACGCAAAGGCGAAAUAAUAUCCAGCGGACGACUGAGCAAAGAGAACGAGCUGUGCUUGGUAGAGCACUGUUCCGGGCCGUUUUUCAUUCUCCGUUAUCCACACAAAUGCAAGCCUUUCUACAUGAAACGUGUCGGGGAUUAUGCUGAAUGUUUCGAUUUGUUGGCGCCAUUCGUCGGAGAGUUAGCCGGUGGCUCUUUGCGGGAACCUGAUCCAGAAGAAUUGCGCCGGCGUGGAUGUGAUGAGUUGCUGGAGUGGUACCUGGAGCUAAGGUUGAAUGGUCAUCCGCCAAGCGCUGGCUUUGGUAUUGGCAUCGAUCGUCUAAUGCAGGCCAUGUUCGGGGUUCUCAAUAUCAAAGAUACAGUUGCAUUCCCGCGCUGGUACAGGCAUUGUCCAUGCUGA